AAAUGGCGGCGGCGAUGACCUUCUACCGGCUGCUGAACCGGUGGGGCGAGGCGGCGCGGAGCCUGCGCCUGGGCGCCAGGUGUUUCGGGGUGCGGGUCUCGCCGACUGGGGAGAAGGUCACGCACACUGGCCAGGUUUAUGAUGAUAAAGACUACAGGAGAAUUCGGUUUGUAGGUCGUCAGAAAGAGGUGAAUGAAAACUUUGCCAUUGAUUUGAUAGCAGAGCAGCCCGUGAGCGAGGUGGAGACUCGGGUGAUAGCGUGCGACGGCGGUGGGGGAGCUCUUGGCCAUCCAAAAGUGUAUAUAAACUUGGUGCGUAGCCAGCCACCCAUGCACAUGUUAGGGUGGCCUGCUCGUCCUCAUACUCCCCUUCAUUCCCAAUGCCUGUUCUUUCUGCCCUCUUCUCUACCUGCUCCCAAGGCGGCCCUUACGGGGUUCACACUGCUGGCACAUUCACCCUACAGCGCCACACUACAGGACCUACAUAUAGCCACAUGUCCGAAAACCCCCUUUCAACUGUGAAGUGGUGGGCGGCGUGUUUCUCUUCUCGAACGCUCAGGCGUCUUUCCUCUCUGGGCCCUUCUCGGUUUGGUCAUCAUCUUAGCUCAGGCUGCCACACACAGCACCGCAGCACCGCAGGCUGGGGUCGAAAACAACAAACACAUUUCCCACAGCACUGGAGGCUGCAGCCCAAGACCACGGUGCCACUCUGUUGGUUCCUCCUGGGGCCUCGCUCCGGGGCUCGCAGAUGAGGUCUCCUCCCUGUGUCUUCACAGGGCCGUCCCUCUGUGGGAGACUCCUCAUCCCCUCUUCUUAUAAGGGCACCAGGCAGAUUGGCUCAGGGCCCCUAUGUGACCUCAGUUUACCUUCAUCACCUCUUUAAAGGCCCCAUCUCCAAACACAGUCACAUCGGGGGUUAGGACUUUGGGGGACACAUGGUUUAUUUUGUAACAAUCCCUAUGUAGUCUUUUAUGUCUGUUGAUGAGUGUCAUAUACAGGACCAUUGAGAAAAAAAGAACACAGGACCAGAGAAAGAGACCAUGGGCUGAAGCUGGGAUGUGCAACUGAGGUGCAGAGUGGGAGGGAGGCUGCCGCAGAGCACUCAGGGACUCAGGUGGCUGCUGUCCCGGAGUGCAGGGAGAGGGGGAGGCCACCGACUGUGGCACACUCAGGGACUCAGGCAGCUGCUGACCUGGGGUGCAGGGAGGGAGGGAGGACACCGACCGUGGAGCACUCAGGGACUCUGGCAGCUGCUGGGCUUGGUGUUCUCCCCAAAGCAGAGUCCUGGUUAAGGGACUUUAACUUUGUUAGAGCUGACAUUUAUUAAAAGCUGUCAUUAUCUUGUUGCCUGUCCUGAAAAGGGGACAGUGUAACAGGCAUAAAUGGUUAAGCAGCCUAGAGUGGGACUGGGCACCCAGCAUGUCCCCUCCUGGGCUCCAGCCCUGUGAGCCGAGCCUGGGUGUGCCUCACGGUCCUGUGCAGCACCCACCACCUGCUCCAGGCCGCUGAGGUAUGGGGAGUGAAUGGAGCUGCAGACCGACAGUGAUGUCCCUGGGGGUCCUAGGGGAUGGCUGCGUAACCUGGGGUGGGAGCCUGAGGCCAGGGGCUUCAGUCAGGCUGGAACCGAGAUUGACAGUCUGCAUUCUUCCUUUAGUAGUAACUGUGUAUUUUUAUGUUUGUGACAGUCUGUUUCAAGUUUUAUACAUACAUUUUCAAUGCUUAAUAUCCAGAUUUGAAAUAGAAUAUGGAAAUACGACAUCAUUCCUUUUGAAUUUUUUCAGGACAAAGAAACAAAAACUGGCACGUGCGGUUACUGUGGGCUCCAGUUCAGACAGCACCACCAGUAGAGCGUGUGGCACGCUGGGGGUCCUGCAGCGUCCUGUGAGCAUUUCCACGGGGAAGCUGAGCGCAUGAAGCUCGCUGGUUCUGUGCGAAGGGUAUUUCUGGUGCUGAAUAAAGGGUGUUGCUGUCAAGGCUGA